UGAUUCUUCAAUAUCAAACCCUAGUAUUCAUUUUCCUCUAGAGCCGAUACGCCCCUAAAGCCAGUCGUUGAGCAUUCUUAAUCAGCUGCAAAUAUGCAAAACGACGAAGGACAAAUCACUGAACUUUACGUUCCACGUAAAUGUUCUGCUACAAAUAGGUUGAUUACCUCUAAGGAUCAUGCUUCUGUCCAAAUGAACAUUGGGCAUUUGGAUGAUAAUGGCGUGUACACCGGCCAAUUCACCACAUUUGCUCUCUGUGGAUUUGUUCGUGCUCAGGGUGAUGCUGAUGGUGGUCUUGAUCGCCUGUGGCAGAAGAAGAGGACCGAAGUUAAACAGUAAAGAAAAUCCUGAUAAAUGGUUGAAGGGUUUCUUUUGUUCUUUAUUUUGCUAGGGUUUUUGGGAAAUGUUUUUCAUUAGUCAAAGAAUAUGAAUUUGUGACACUUUCUUUGAAUUUGGCUGUGUUUUUCUUGUUGGCAAUUAUAUUAAUCAUUUGAUACUAUCUCAUGA